CUGUGGUAGUGGGCAUUUGCGUGCGCGCACCCGAAACCUUGCGGAGCAGUGAUGCUGCCGAUGGGGAAGAUGGCGAGUCUGUGGAGUAUGGUUACCCACUGCAGAAGCUGAGAAAGAGGGAGAGGAGAGAGAAAAUACUGAGAAGGAAAGGGUGUGAAAUUAAACCAGAUAAUGAAGAAAGGGAAAGCGACCUUGCAAAGUAAUACGGCCCAUUUGAACAGAAAAUAGAACUCGCUCCAUCCCAGUUCCCCCUUCCCAGACAGAUUCUUAAUUGCCUCAGUCCAUACGAUUUCCAGCUAACUAGCUAGCUAGCUGGUGAGGUUAAGGGGUGUUGGGGUGGUGGUGCCAGUGAGCCGCCACGAAGGAAGGACCCCAAUUAAAACGCUUUAAAGAGGCAAAGGCUCGUUGCUGGGGUCGCAGGGAGCCCUGAAGGGAAGAUAGGUGGUCUGGAGGUACUGCUAUCUAGCUAACUAGUAAGUUAGCUAGCUAUCAGGCAAGAUGUGCUCUUUGUUCCCCCCCCACUGUUCGUGUGCCGCCGUGCUGUCAAUCGGCAGUAUGUCCUGCUCUUCGGACAGCGAGGAUGACAGCUUCAUUGCCAUGGACACAGAGGAGGCGAGGCCAGGACCAGGACCAGGACCAGGACCAGGACCAGGACCAGGGCAGGUCACAAUGCAAGCGGCAGAGGUGGAGCUUCCCGCCAGAAAAAGUGGUGGAGAGAGACCCCGGGAGAAGACGCGUGUGAAGGAGCGAGUAUGCAGGAGGGCGAUGGGGGAGCUGCCGGAGGAAGUGCUGGAGUACAUCCUGUCCUUCCUCUCUCCCUAUCAGGAGCACAAGACUGCGGCACUGGUGUGUAAACAGUGGUACCGGCUCAUCAAAGGGGUUGCACACCAGUGUUACCAUGGUUUCCUGAGGGCUGUUCAGGAGGGAAACAUUCAGUGGGAGAGCCGGACGUACCCGUACCCUGGCACCCCCAUCACACAGCGUUUCUCCCACAGUGCAUGCUACUAUGACUCGAACCAGUCGAUGUACGUGUUUGGCGGCUGUACCCAGAGCAGCUGCAAUGCUGCCUUCAAUGACCUUUGGAGACUUGACCUCAACAGCAAGGAGUGGAUCCGCCCCCUGGCUUCUGGGUCCUACCCAUCCCCAAAAGCCGGGGCAACUCUGGUGAUGUACAGGGACCUGCUGGUCCUGUUUGGGGGCUGGACCCGGCCCAGCCCCUACCCCCUGCACCAGCCCGAGCGCUUCUUCGACGAGAUCCACACCUACUCCCCGUCGAAGAACUGGUGGAACUGCAUAGUGACCACCCACGGGCCGCCGCCCAUGGCGGGACACUCCUCCUCGGUCAUCGGGGGCACCAUGGUGGUGUUCGGCGGGUCUCUCGGCGCUCGGCAAAUGAGUAACGAGGUAUGGGUUCUGGAUCUGGAGCAGUGGUCCUGGUCCAAACCACCCAUCACAGGCCCCUCCCCCCAUCCACGUGGGGGGCAAUCUCAGAUUGUUAUUGACCACGAGACCUUGUUGAUUUUGGGAGGCUGUGGGGGUCCCAAUGCACUGUUGAAGGACGCCUGGCUGUUGCACAUGGGCUCCCCCCCAUGGUCGUGGCAGCAGCUGCGGGUCGAAAACGACGAGCAUGGCGCACCGGAGCUGUGGUGCCACCCAGCCUGCAGGGUGGGCCAGUGCGUGGUGGUCUUUUCCCAGGCUCCCUCUGGCCGCGCCCCCCUUAGCCCAAGCCUGAAUUCCCGCCCCUCCCCCAUUAGUGCUACCCCCCCACCCCUGGGCCCCGACCCCCCGUCCAUGCGCUCCCAGUCGCCCGUGCGGAGCGGGGCGGCCGGCGUGGUUUUGGGUGCUGCCGAGGAGGCCCCCUGCGUGAACGGGCGCUGGGGGACGCUGCGGCCGCGCCGUCCCCCCGAGGGGGGGGGGCGAGACGGGAGCCCCUCCUCCUCCCAGCAGCAGUCGCCGUCCCGCGGGCCCGACAGCCCGCCCUUACCGCCGCUGCCGCCUCUGCUCAACGGCUCCUCCCCCUCUCCCCGCACCAGCCCCGCCCAGGCCGCCUCGCCGCCGCCGCCCGCUCGCCCGCCCCCCGCCCACUCGCACCCCCCCGUCCCGACCGACUACGGCUGGGACUCCCCGCCCUCCUCCGCCGCGGUCUCCGCCCUGGAGCACGCCAGCACCAACGGGCUGCACACGCCACCCGGCUCCCCCCGCAGCCCGGCGGGGGCCGUGUCGCCGGGGGCGCUGCGCCGCGGCCUGGAGGCCGUCAAGGCCCUGUCUGCGUCCUCGCUGUCUUCCUCGCCUCAGCCGCACGGGCCCGCCCCCGGGGGAGGGGCCUCGUCGGGCACGCCCCCCUCCUCUUCGUCUUCCAGCCCUCCCCAUCCCGCCCAGGCGGGCGCGGGGGCGGACGGACACUCCAUCCCUCCAAUCGCGCGCCGGCUCGGCCACCACCCGCCCCAGAGCCUGAACGUGGGGAAGCCCCUGUACCAGUCCCUCAACUGCAAGCCCAUGCAGAUGUACGUGCUGGACAUCUCCAGGGCCAAGGGGAGCGGACUCGUGUCCUGGAAAGUGUUCGGGAGCGGGGGGGCCGCGGGUGGUGGCGGCGGCGGCGGCGGAGGGGCCACGGCCGUGGUGGGACCCCCCGAAACGAGCCUUCACACCGUGGUCCAGGGCAGGGGCGAACUGAUCAUUUUCGGGGGCCUGAUGGACAAGAAGCAGAACGUCAAGUACUACCCCAAAACCAACGCCUUGUAUUUCGUGCGAGCCAAGAGAUAAUGCUCCAGAGAACUGAGAGAGAGGGACGUAGAGGGAGAAGCGUAGGGCUCGUCCGCCCUGGCUUCAGAACAGGAGAGGGGCUCCGUAGACCAGUGGAUCUGACUGCAUUAAAGGGCUGUGCGGCGAGGGUGAAUCCUG